AGUCAUUUAGGCAACGUCUUGGUUGAUAUGAAGCUCAUUGAUAUCAAGGACACUUUACCCGUGGGCUUCAUCCCCAUCCAGGAGACCAUCGAUACACAAGAAAUAGCUUUCAGAAAGAAGAGGCUGUGCAUUAAAUUCAUCCCUCGAGAUUCUACAGAGGCAGCGAUCUGUGAUAUCCGAAUCCUGGGUAGAUCUAAACAAGCCCCUCCUCAGUAUACAUUCAUUGGGGAGUUGAACAACAUGGGCAUUUGGUACCGGAUGGGCAGAGUUCCACGCAACCACGAGUCGUCACAGCCUGCGACUCCUCCUUCCCAAGUACCGUCUUCGACACCAGCUCCUAACCUGCCACGAUACGUUUACAGUAUUACAAUAACUGUUGAGAGCUAG